GAUAAGCAUGUAAGUAUGUUUUCCCGUAAACAGUCACCAUUAGUCACUUUGUUUUUUGUAUAUCCUAGCUAUUUGAAAGAACCUUGCAAGGCGACACUGCUAAAGAUCAAAUUAUACAGUGAAUCCUUAGCCAGAUACGGCAAGUCACCAUACCUAUAUCCAUUAUAUGGUCUGGGAGAACUUCCUCAGGGGUUUGCCAGGUUAAGUGCGAUAUAUGGUGGCACCUACAUGCUGGAUAAGCCCAUAGAGGAAAUCAAAUAUGAUGAGAUGGGCCAAGUUUGUGGUGUAACUUCACAAGGUGAAACUGCCAGAACCAAAAUGGUGAUUGGUGAUCCUUCAUAUUUCCCGGACAAAGUGAAGAAGGAUGGACAGGUUGUUCGCUGCAUUUGUUUCCUGAAUAAGCCGCCUCCAAUUAUGGCCAAGGACGGUUCUAAAUCCUGCCAGAUCAUUAUUCCUCAAAACCAAGUCCACAGGAAGUCAGAUAUAUAUGUUUGUGUUGUGUCAUUUGCCCACAAUGUGGCACCUAAAGAUUACUACAUAGCUAUUGCGAGUACAACAGUUGAAACAAGCAAUCCUGAGGCAGAGCUGAAGCCUGGGCUUGACCUUCUUGGCCCAGUUCUAGACAAGUUUGUUUGUGUAAGCGACAAUUUUGUUCCAACGGAUGAUGGUAGUAAAUCUAAGGUGUUUAUCAGCACUUCAUACGAUGCCACCACACAUUUCGAGACAACAUGCCAGGAUAUUGUAGAUAUUUACAAGCGCUGCACAGGGGAAGACAUCGACUUCUCCACAGUCCAAAAAGAUUUGGAAGCCUGCACUGCAGAAUGAAGAGAAUAUUAUGGAACAUUUGCAGCUAAACGAAAGCCAGUCUAAAUCUCAAUGUGUAUUGGUUAUAUCAAAUUGUUCUUUAUUCAGUAUGAAUGUGUUCUGCCUUGUUCUGCUGGUAAGGAUUCAUGGAAGGCAUCCAAAAUUGAUGGAUUUCUUGAAUAAUCAUUGCUGUGCACAAUCCAAGUUAUUUUCUUUUUUUUUCCCAACCAUUUUCACAAUUUUUGUAUGUCUAUGUUACUCAGUUUCGAGUUGUUUGUUGUGGGAAAUGACUUGAAAUGUUUGAGAUGGGCGCAUUCAAGAUUGUCAAAGGUUUUUUCUUUUGGAGGGGUGGGGUGGGGUGCGUAGGGUACUGGAUGGUGGAAGAGAAGUGACAGUUACGCAUGUAUAGC